AUGGUGCUGAUGAAGAUGAAGUUCUCCUUUCAGAAGAGGGUGAAGCUGGCCCAGGCGCUGUGGUUGCUCUCCUGGGUCGCCUCCAUCGGGGGAGCCGUCACCUUCACCUUGGGAGUCUUCCUCAAGACGGAGCUGCACAGGAGAAGUGAGGUCAUGGACAACGCGGAGAUCCACGCGGUACCCAACACCCUGAUGAUAGUAGGCCUCACCUCCCUGGGCGUCAAUUUCUUCGCGGGCCGGAUGUGCCAGGACGCGUUGGACGCCAGCCGGUUCCCGCGCUGGAAGGGUCUCCUGCAGCCCUACCUGGCUGUAGCCGUCUUCCUGGCUCUUGUCAUGCUGGUGGCGAUCGUCAUGAGUUACGCCAUGAAGGGCAGCCUGGAAGCCUCGCUGGAGGUCGGCCUCAGGAACGGCAUCCGCUUCUACAAGGACACGGAUACGCCAGGCCGAUGCUACCGGAAGCAGACCAUCGAUCAGCUGCAGAUGGCGUUCCAGUGCUGCGGCAACACCGACUUCCGGGACUGGUUCGAGGUCCAGUGGAUUAGCAACCGCUACCUGGACUUCAACUCCAGGGAGGUUAAAGAUUGCAUCAAGAGCAAUGUGGACGGGCACUACUUGGUAGACAGCGUUCCUUUCAGCUGCUGCAACCCCAGCUCCCCCCGACCCUGCAUCCAGCACCGGCUUACCAACGACUCGGCCCACUACAGCUACGAGUACGAGGCGGAGGAGCUGAACAUCUAUGUGCGCGGCUGCCGCGAGGCGCUGGUCAGCUACUACAUGGGGCUCAUGAACAGCAUUGGGGCCGGCGUGCUCUCCAUCUUCCUCGUCCAGAUGUCUGUGCUGGUGAGCCUACGCUACCUCCAGACCGCCAUGGAGGCCGUGGCGGGACAGGAGAACAUGGAGAUGGAGACAGAGGGCUACCUGCUGGAGAAGAGCGUGAAGGCGACGGCGAAAGAGUUCAGGGACAAAGCGCUGACAUUACUACAGCUGAAUCAGGAGGACACCAUGUCAGGCGGCAGAAAUCCAGAUGCACUGAGCUGA